AUGUUUGUCGCCGCGACGCUCUUAGUAUCCGCCUUGCUGCCAUGGAUAACGACGUCGAUGCGGGCGGAUUACUUGGCGCAGUUGCGCCAGGACACGGUCGACAUGUUCUAUCACGGGUUCAGCAACUACAUGAAGCAUGCGUUCCCAGAAGAUGAGCUGCGACCACUAACGUGUGGUGCUUUAACUCGAGACCGCGACGACCCGACCCGGAUUGAAUUAAAUGAUGCUCUGGGCAACUAUUCUCUUACCCUAAUCGACAGCUUAUCAACGCUCGCCAUAUUGGCAGGCGGCCCGCAAGACGGCUCCUAUACAGGCCCUCAAGCUCUGAGCGAUUUCCAAGAUGGGGUUGCCCAGUUCGUUCGUCUCUAUGGGGAUGGUCGACGCGGUCCGUCGGGUGUGGGUGCGCGCGCUCGUGGCUUCGACCUCGAUAGCAAAGUUCAAGUCUUUGAAACGGUGAUUAGAGGACUAGGCGGCCUUCUGAGUGCCCAUCUGUUUGCUAUUGGAGAGUUGCCCAUAACAGGGUACGAUCCAAAGCCCGCAGAAACCCUCGCUGAAAAGGAUCCAUUGGAACUUGCACCGAUUCCCUGGCCAAACGGACUCAAAUAUGAUGGCCAGCUGCUCAGGCUUGCUCUUGAUCUGGCAGAGAGGCUCUUGCCAGCAUUCUACACCAAGACUGGAAUUCCCUACCCCAGGGUGAAUCUCCGGACCGGUAUACCCUUUUACGUCCAUUCUCCUCUGAACGGUGAUGCAGACAGAUCCAAGGAUGAGGAAGGGCGCUUAGAGACCACGGAAACUUGCAGCGCGGGCGCAGGCAGUUUGACUUUGGAGUUUACGGUUCUCAGUCGGCUAACGGGCGAUCCGAGAUUUGAGAAUGUAGCCAAGCGAGCGUUUUGGGAAGUUUGGCGGCGGCGAAGCGAAAUUGGCCUCAUUGGUAACGGAAUUGACGCGGAGCGCGGCUUUUGGAUAGGCCCUCACUCAGGCAUUGGUGCGGGCAUGGAUAGUUUUUUUGAAUAUGCCUUCAAGAGCCAUGUUCUUCUUUCGGGGCAGGAGAUGCCUAAUGUGACACGGUCUCGAAGACAGAGCACGACAAAUUGGUUGGACCCGAAUUCUCUUCAUGAGCCCUUACCGCAUGAGAUGCAUUCGUCUGAUGCGUUUCUCCAAGCGUGGCAUGAAGCGCAUGCGUCUGUUAAACGGCAUAUUUACACGGAUCGAAACCAGUUCCCCUACUAUUCCAACUCGCAUCGGGCGACGGGCCAGCCGUAUACCAUGUGGAUUGAUAGCUUGGGAGCCUUCUACCCCGGUCUUUUGGCUCUAGCUGGCGAGGUGGACGAAGCUAUUGAGGCAAACCUCGUGUACACGGCGCUGUGGACAAGAUACUCGGCGUUGCCCGAGCGUUGGUCCAUUCGCGAAAACAACGUCGAGCCUGGUAUUGGCUGGUGGCCUGGUCGACCGGAAUUCAUAGAAUCGACAUAUCAUAUCUAUCGCGCGACUAAAGACCCAUGGUAUCUUCACGUCGGCGAAAUGGUCCUCAAGGAUAUCCGGCGUCGCUGUUACGCACCCUGUGGUUGGGCAGGGCUGCAAGAUGUUCGAACCGGGGAGAAACAAAACCGCAUGGAGAGUUUCUUUCUCGGCGAAACCACCAAAUACAUGUAUCUCCUGUUCGACCCAAAUCAUCCUCUUAACAACCUCGACGCCGCGUACGUCUUUACCACUGAAGGCCAUCCUCUCGUCAUACCAAGAGGCAAGAACAGCAAGCCCGUCCGUCGCAAGCGCCAAUCCAGCAAUCUCAAAGAUGUAUCCGUCUCCAGCUACUACAACGAGAAGUUUACCAAUACAUGCCCAGCUCCCCCGCCCUUGCAAGAUCCCUUGACUGGGUCUUCCACUGCCGCCAGGCCCGACUUGUUCGGUGUAUCUCGCUUCACCAACCUCUACAACACACCAAACCUUCAAGGCCCUGUUGAAGAAGUCCUCGUACAUGACGAAAAAAAAGGCCUGAUCACCAAAUACCGCGCCACUUCCAACCACACCAUCUUCCCCUGGACAUUGCCUCCCACUAUGCUCCCAGCAAACGGGACCUGCGUCGCUCCCCCCCAGCGAGUGAUUUCAGCCAUUGAAUUCCCGACCACCGACGCUGCAAGCUCGUUGAUUUCAAGACUCGGUGCGCACAUUGCAUGGUAUAGCUACCUCGGCCCAACAGCCACGAAUCUGGAGGGCCUCCGGUUGCAGCUUGAACAAGAAUUCAGCGACGACCGAGGCGAAAACGUCUGGAGGAUAACACACGUGGGCAACACACAGCUCGGUCGUCAUGAAACAGUCUUUUUCCACGGAGAGCACGUCCGGCAUCUCAAGGAUGAAGCAUUUACAUGCCUGCGGCACAAAGACUCGGUCAACAUACAGGUCCUUGUUGAAGCGCCCCGUCCCUCAAAUUUCACCACACCUCCGACCUCUGAAAACACCAGUCCUCCAUCAUCUUCCUCCGCCAUACUAUCUAGCAAUAUCGAUACCGACCUUGACGCCGCCGACCUGGGUGUGAUCCCAUCCGAGUCGCUGUUCAAACAUCUCCUCCGGGCAGUAACUUCCGUCUUCGACCCCUCAGAGACAGACGCCCCCGAAUCGGAAACCCGCGACUCCGUCUCCGCAUCCUUUCACACGUGGCAGGCAUUCACCUCUGUCGGCGCAGGGUCGUACCCCGUGCCCUCAAUCCUCGACAGCCCGAUCCCCGGCUCUCCGACUUACAACUCUCACGAUCCCAUGGCCAACUUCCCCUGGAAAGCAAUCUACAUUGCCGACGAAGCCUGCUCCGGGCCCCUCCCCGACUCGGCGCCCAGAGAUCACCAGGUCAUCGUCAUCAGGCGAGGCGGGUGCUCUUUUAGCGACAAGGUCGCAAAUAUCCCGGCCUUUGCGCCGCGCCGAAGCUCGCUACAGCUGGUCAUCGUGGUCGACGAGGCCGACGAGCACGGCCAGCACAGGGACGAGCUGCCCCGGCCGCUGAUGGAGGUGGAGCAACUCACGCCCAAGGGCAUGAAGAGACUGCACGGGGUGCCGCUGGUGCUGAUGCGCGUGGCAAGGGGAGAGUACGACUUGUUCCACAGCGCGCUCGCCGUCGGCAUGCGCAGGAAAUAUACCAUUGUGAGCCAGGGGCUCAUUAUCGACAAUGCGGUAGUGUUAUAG